UCUCGCUCUAAACCCUGCCACUUCUCUCUCCUCUUCUUCUCGUGCUUCUGCGGGAAUCGGAUAAGCCCUACAAGCGAUAUAUAAAAGAUCAAUGGCACCUACGAGGAAAUCUAGAAGUGUUAAUAAGCGGUUUUCAAGUUCAAAUGAGGUUUCUCCAGAGAAAGAUGGAGUUAACUCAAAUAAAAACAAGCAACGGAAGAAAAAGUUGUCUGAUAAAUUGGGAUCUCAGUGGAGCAAGGAGGAACUAGAGCGGUUUUAUGAAGCAUACAGGAAUUACGGGAAAGACUGGAAGAAGGUGGCUGCCACUGUACGUAAUAGAUCCAUUGAAAUGGUGGAAGCUCUUUACAAUAUGAAUCGGGCAUACCUUUCUCUGCCAGAGGGGACUGCUUCUGUUGUUGGUCUCAUUGCAAUGAUGACAGAUCACUAUAAUGUGUUGGAAGGGAGUGAGAGUGAAAGGGAGAGCAAUGAUGCACCAGGAUCUCGAAAACCUGUGAAACGAAAGCGUGAAAAAGUUCAGCUUAGUGUCUCCAAAGAUCCUGUCCAGUCUCAGUCAAUUGCUUCCAGUGAUGGUUGCCUCUCUCUAUUGAAGAAGAGACGCUUUGAUGGUAUUCAGCCGCAUGCUGUUGGGAAAAGGACACCUCGCGUCCCAGUUUACUACCCUUAUAAAAAAGAUGAUGGGGAAAAUUUUGUUUCACCUAAUAAAAGAAGCCUGAAGUCAACUGUUGAUACAAAUGAUGAUGAAGUUGCACAUGUUGCCGCUUUGGCAUUAACUGAGGCUGCACAAAGAGGGGGCUCUCCCCAAGUUUCUCAAACACUGCAUAGAAGAGCAGAGCAAAAGUCCUCUCCUGUUCAGAGAUGGGGAAAAAUGCACCAAAAAUCUGAGACAGCUCGUGCCAAGUUUCGUGAUGCUUCUCCGGAUGAAGAGUUCUUGGAAGGUAGUAUAGAAAGCAGGGGAGCUGAAAAUGGCGAAAAUGCUAAAGAUACUAGUUCCUUGAUGGAUAUGGAAGACAUAGGCACCGUUGAAGUUCUUCAGAAGGGGAAAAAAAAUUACAGAAAGAAAGAGAGAGUGGAAAAUGUUGGAAAUCAUCAGCUUGAUGAUGGUGGAGAAGCAUGCAGUGGCACUGAAGAAGGACCUAGUUCUAGUUCUUUGAAGGAAAAGGUUGAUAUUGAGGUUACUAAUGAAAAACUUGAGCAAUUCUCUCUAAAAAGUCACAGAAACAGAAGCAAGAAACUCUUCUUUAAAGAUGAAACGCCCUCCUUGGAUGCUUUGCAGACUUUGGCUGAUCUGUCUCUAAUGAUGCCAAUAUCUACAGUAGAAUCUGACACCGUUGAUGAAGAUGAUAAGUCUGCUUUGCCUGAAGCUACAUCAACAAGCCAUAAGAAAUAUAAACUGAAACUCCGUGUGGGCCCUGGAGUUGAGGCUUCAACCUCCAAAAAAUCUAAACUCGGAAAGGAAUCGGCAAAUGAUACUAAUGUUAUCUCUAAAUCAAAAGAGCAGUCUCCUUUUGCUGAUAGAACAUGUAAAAGAAAACGCAAGUCUGUGGUUUCAAAGGUUGCAAAUGCAAAGCUUGAUUCUACUCCAAGUAAUCCCUUGAAUAAUGAGGCUGUAGAUGAUGAGAACAAACCAGUGAUCAAAGGAAAACACAUUGGUCAGGUUUUUCUGCUACCAAAACAAUUGAAGAAGGUCAGAUCAUCAGAGAGUUCCCUGUGUAGUGAUCAGAAAGAUUUGACAGUAUCAACUGCAGAAGUUCCCCUUUUGAAUGAAGUUGGUUUACCAACUAAAAAAAGAAGUAGACGUAAGAUGAUUUCACAAAGAACAUUCAUGUCUAGAGAGAAGUCUUCCGAGAACAUAUUGAAAAGUCAACCUAAUAAGUACUCUAGCCUAAAGGAAAAGGUUUCUAGUUGCUUGUCAUCUAAAUUGUUUCGUAGAUGGUUUACUUUUGAAUGGUUUUAUAGCGCAAUUGAUUAUCCAUUUUUUGCCAAAAUGGAGUUUGAGGAGUAUUUAAAUCAUGUUGGACUAGGGGAUAUCCCAAGGCUAACUCGUGUUGAAUGGAGUGUUAUAAAAAGUUCCCUUGGCAAACCUCGCAGGUUUUCUAAACAUUUUCUAAAUAAAGAAAGACAAAAACUUGAACUGUAUCGGGAAACAGUGAGGAAACAUUACACUGAAAUGCGAACUGGCAUCAAGGAUGGACUUCCAACAGAUUUAGCUAAACCAUUAUUUGUUGGACAGCGAGUAAUUGCUAUGUACCCAAAAACAAGACAGAUUCAUGAUGGUAGUGUGCUUACAGUUGACCAUGACAAGUGCAGGAUUCAGUUUGACUGUCCUGAAUUAGGGGUUGAAUUUGUCAAGGACAUUGAUUGCAUGCCUGUGAAUCGAUUAGAUAAUAUGCCAGAAGCUAUGAGGAGGCAGAUUGGUGCCAGAAAAGGCUCUUUUAUGAUUAAAGAGCCACAGAUUAAUGGAAAUUCAAGUUUUGGGGGGUGCGAAAUACAUGCUUCACCUAUGAAGGGGGAUGUUAACUAUGUCGUUGCCCAAACAAAGGCUGCUACUAUUGAUAACCUCUGCACACAACCAGCAGUUUGUGCUCAACCGUGUAAAGUGACACACCAUAAAGCUAAGGAAGCUGAUAUUCAUGCACUUUCUGAACUAAAGCGUGCUCUAGAUAAAAAGGAGACAUUAUUAAUGGAGCUUAGAAAUGCAAGUAGUGACAUAUUGGAAAAUCAAAAUGACAUAGAGUGCUUUAAAGAUUCUGAGGCUUUCAAGAAGCAUUACGCCACGGUACUUGUAGAGCUAAAGGAAGCCAGUGGACAGGUUUCUGAUGCUAUGCUUCGCUUGAGGCAACGCAAUACUUACACAGGAAACUCCCUGCCACCAUGGAUGAAGCCCCAGACAAGUUUCAGUGUUCACGACAACCUUCCUAGUAUGUUGGAUAAUUCUCUAGCACAAGAGUUAGGGUCAACUGUCAUUGACAUUAUUAAAGGAUCCAGGCUAAGGGCACAUGCAAUGGUGGAUGCUGCAUUUCAGGCAUUGUCUUUGACAAAGGAAGGUGAAGAUGCUUUCACGAGGAUUGGACAGGCGUUGGAUUCUAUUGAUCAUCAGCAGUUGGCUUUCAAGUCUAGGUUGCCUAUGAUCAGGUCCCAGGAGCAAGUGAAUGGCAGUUUUUAUCAUCAUAAUCGGUCAACUUGCUGUGCAUCAGACCCUUUACUUAAUGAUGCAUCUGGUCCAAAACAGCAUAACGAUUCUGAUAAAGCUGAUAUUGAAAUUCCAUCAGAGCUCAUCACUUCAUGUGUUGCUACAUUAAUCAUGAUCCAGACUUGUACUGAACGGCAAUACCCUCCAGCUGAUGUGGCUCAAAUAUUAGAUUCUGCCGUUACCAGCCUGCAUCCAUGCUGUCCUCGAAACCUUCCUAUUUACAGAGAAAUUCAAAUGUGCAUGGGAAGAAUUAAGACCCAGAUUUUAGCUCUCAUCCCCACUUGACUUCUAUCUUUGUAUAUAGAAUGCUGAACUAUUAGUUCAGAUCAGAUAGGAGCUCCUCACCCACUUGGUAAUUUAUGUCCUUAUUUUUUGGUACAAUAAUUUGUCUUUUAUUUCACAUCAACAGGGUCAAA